AUGAGUGAUAAAGUGAAAGUGAUGAAUUGUGUAAAAGAUGCUUUGUUGUCAACAACAAAAGUUGACAUCAACAGACUAUUCACAGGAGCCACAGGAGAAAGUAAUAUUUCCUUUAAAUUGGAAAAUGAAAAUAUCAAUUUUAAUUAUUCGUUGACAAAAAAUGAGAUUUCAACUUUAUUGCGAAUGACAUUAUUUCAUUUAUUACGAUUCAGACAAAAUGGAACAUUAAACGAUGAUAAUAAUUACAACUGUCGGAUGAUUAUAAUUUCUCUUCUUCACAUAUCAAACGAUUUUGAGAAAAAAGAAGUUCUCAAUGAAAGUGUGAAUUGUAUUUUUAAAAAUUCUUCUGUACUCGAAUAUUUUCUUCCCGUUUACAAAAAGAAAAAUACUGUCGACGAAUUGUUUACAGACACAUUUUUAAUAAUAUGUCAAACUCUUUGUAGUUUUAAUCAAGAUUUUCAAAAUAUUGCCACAAUUAAUUUGUAUAAAGAGAAAUUUUUCAAUUUAUUGAAAGCAAGUGUUGAAAAAUGUAAGAAUGGUGGUAAAACAAAAGAAUUGGUGAGGGGAGAAUUUUUUAAAAUUCUUCCAUUUAAUCCGGGGGAAAUUGUUGAUUUAAUUAGUAUGAUUAUGGAAUUGCCUGCAGAGAAAUUUCUCUCAUCAAAUAAAACAUCAAUGUCAACUUGGGGAAUUACGAUUACGAAUUUAAUUGAUUUAGAAGUGGAAAAACAAUCAAUUCCUCUCGAUUUUGGUGUUGUAAAAAAAUUAUUUUCGAUUCUAAGUGUAUUGAAUUCGACAAUUGAUACAAUUACCUGGGAGAAAUGUUUAUGUAGAUAUGUGGAAAAAUUUCCUCACAGUAUUGGAAACAUCGAAAAAGGAUUGUUGUCUUCAUUGCUGUCAAGUAAAAUGAGACCGGAAAUUGUUGAAUUGUUCUCACUGUUUGUCAAACGAAAUGUUGUCGAUAUUUCUCUAUUUUUGAAGUUUGUCAAAAAGGACGAUUCGAUAGUGAAAAUGUCUAAUAUUAUAUUUCCAAUAUUAGAAAGUAAUUUAACGCACAAUUGGGACAGGCAAUUUUUAAUUAAAUUGCACGACUUGCAUAAAAAUGAAAUUAUCACAUAUCUGAAAGAAAAUUCACAAGAGAAUUCUUGGAUUCAAGAAAAUGUUGUGGCUGUAAUUUAUUUAAUUGAAUCGACAUUUGAUUCACGAACGUGUGAGGAAAUUUGCAAUUCUAUUUUAGUAAAUGGCGAUAAACUUGUCAACGUUAAUAUAGAAUAUAUGCAAAUUAUCGACUGUUGUUUUGGAAAGAUGAAAAUGUAUAAAGAAUAUUUACAAGUUUUAAUACAUUUAAUGGCAUUGACAUUAAAAUUAUCGAAAAGUAAAACUACUUUGGCGAAGAAUAAAAGGAAAUUAAAUUUUCUUAGCCGAAAAUUAAUAACAACAGUUGAGAAUUUAAAGAAGAAUGAUGAAAAAUUCGUUUAUGAUGAACUGAGUAAAAAUCAUUUUUGGGCACAAUUCAUAAGAUUUUCUUUGGGUCAGUGCUUAAAAUUGACUGAUGAUGAACAAUUAUUUGAUAAUACACUUUUGUUUCGAGCCGUUAUUUCAAUUUGCAGUAUAGCAUACAAUGACAAUGGUAACGAAGAAUAUGUCACAACUAUUUUUGGAUUAGCAACAAGUCAUUCGGAAUAUGUCGAUAUUAUGUUGAGUUCUUCAAAUAUAAAAAGAUAUUUAGUAGAAUUGUUACUGAUCCUGAUACGAAAGAAUAAAAUAAUAAUGCUACCAAAUCAUGUUCCAUUUUAUUUAUCAGCGUACAAUGCAUCGCUCAGUGAAUGUGAUCAAAUUUUAUUACUGAUAUUGAAAGAAUACGAGAAUUCGAAUAUUGAUUUAUCAAAAUAUCGACCAUUUUUAUGGGGCAGUGCUGCAGCUUCACAUUACAGUGUUAAAACUGAUAUUGACAAUGCACUUUGGAAUCAACCGAAGACUUCGCAAAUUUUAGAUCUUUUUUUACCGGAAAUUGUCAAUAGUACAAUUACAAAAUUUCCUGUUCAACGAACUUUGAAGAAUGAUUCGCUGUGCACUCCAGAGGAUGUCUAUGAUCCUGCUUUUUAUUUGCCAGUAUUAUGCGAAUUGUUAUCUGUUCAUAAUCCAGUUGCUUAUCACAGAGUCACUCACAGUGGUGCUUUAGCUUUAAUGUUGAUUGCCGGCUGUAGUGAUUGCGAACAAAUUCGUCUAGCAUCGUUCACCGUUCUCUCGAGAUUUUAUUCUCAUUUGGAAAAUCCGGAUGUUGUCAGAUCGAACGAGAGUUUAUUGUGGGUUCGCUUUAUCGAUGCUCUGAGAAAUGGAAUCGUUGAAUUGGAAAUGUCUAUGAAAGAAGUGAGAUUAAAUGGAUUUGUCGCCACAUUUUUGGCACGUUCUUCAAUUGUUGGAACUCAACCUCUACAUCCACUUUAUUGGCCUUUGCAUAAAUUUUUCAUGGCUCGACCCGCAUUGAAAUUGAACAAAAUACCGGAAUUCAAAAAAUUAUUUUUCAGCACCGAAAUCGAUUACGAGGCGCAUCGUUCUUGGAUUUUGGAGGUGAUUCGCGAUGGAUUUCGUGUUGAAAACGAUUUGCAAAUUGCAAUCAACAGUUCGGUAUUUAACAUUCUUUUGAGCUUCUACGUCUCUUCUUUAUCGGACAAAGCAACAAGAAAAUUCAUCCUGGAAAUUAUAAAUUCAGUGGCGAAAUUACCGAAAUCUGCCUGUUCGCUCGUUAAUUAUUAUGGAAUUAUUCCUUGGCUGAAUGCAAUUACAGAGAGUCUUGAAUCUUCGGACAUUGAUUUUGUUCCAUUAUUGAUUGAUGUGGGAAAAAAUUUUUUCGACAGUUUCACAAAAAGAAAUAUGAAAGAUAAAUUUUCUCUUCUCACUUUUCUGCAAUUUCUACUUAAUCUCAAGUCUGUAAUGACAACUAAAAGUAUAACAAUUUCUUCUUUCGUCACUUACAUUGAUCUUGUGGAGAAAAUUUUGUCGCUUAAAGGUAUUUCUUUAUCGGAGAAGCACAUGAAUGAAUUAUUCGAAUUAGCUGAGAAUUUAUUGGGAAAUAUGGAAGAGUGUAAGAAUUUAUUAAUCUACGGAUCGGAAUUUGCUUCGAAAGAAGUUGACGAUUUAUUAGAAGACAAAAAUUUUGUUGCUCGCAAAUCAGUGAGAAAUUUGAUAUUAAGGUAUCAUUUUUCGAAAAUGAUUUUCAGUAAAAAUGUAAAUUAACUAAAUGAACUAUUUUUGUAUUGUGUUUUCUAAGAGUAAAAAAAAUUGAAAUUAA